AAAUGCCCAACCCCCUGGUGAAAAUUGUUCCUAUCACCGAUGCGGGUACACCCUAAGUCUCUACGGCAUCACGUUAGGACGCUCAAGCAAAAUGGCGGAGGUUAACAAAGUGCCGGCAGACAUCGGCGAGAACGAUACUUUAGUCAACGAGAAUAAUUCGACAAAAAUGGAAACCAUGGAAGUAGGAGAAUCAGCCAUUUCCCCGAAGGAGACACCAACCGCCCCGGCUCCCCUCACCAACAACAAAGUACCAGUUGACGAAAUGACAUCCCGAGACUACUACUUCGACUCCUACGCGCAUUACGCCAUUCAUGAGGAGAUGUUGAAGGACGAGGUGCGUACAAUGACCUAUCGAAAUUCCAUGUACCACAACAAGCACCUCUUCAAGGACAAGAUUGUUCUGGACAUUGGCUGUGGAACAGGAAUUCUCUCGAUGUUUGCAGCGAGAGCUGGUGCUGCCAGAGUCAUUGGAAUAGAGUGCUCCAACAUCGUUGAAUACGCCGAGAAAAUAGUCGAGGCCAACAAUUUGUCCCACGUGGUGACAAUAAUUAAGGGAAAAGUGGAGGAAGUGGUGCUGCCCCAUGGAAUUGAAAAGGUCGAUAUCAUCAUUUCGGAGUGGAUGGGCUACUGUCUCUUUUACGAAUCCAUGUUGGACACAGUUCUCUUCGCCAGAGACAAGUGGCUCAAAGAGGAUGGUAUGCUAUUCCCUGAUAAGGCGACACUCUAUAUCUGUGGAAUUGAGGAUCGUCAGUACAAGGACGAGAAGAUUAACUGGUGGGACGACGUCUAUGGAUUUGACAUGAGCUCUAUUCGUAAAGUAGCUAUCAGUGAGCCACUUGUUGAUGUCGUUGAUCCGAAACAGGUUGUCACUAAUGCAUGUCUCAUCAAGGAAGUUGAUCUUUACACUGUCACCAAAGCUGAUCUUGAAUUUGCAUCUCCAUUUACUCUUCAAGUGCGCAGGAAUGACUAUGUUCAGGCUCUAGUUACGUUCUUCAAUAUCGAAUUCACCAAGUGCCACAAGCGAAUUGGUUUCAGCACUGCUCCUGAGGUGCAGUACACACACUGGAAGCAGACGGUAUUCUAUUUUGACGAGUAUAUGACCGUUAAAAAGGAAGAGGAGAUCUACGGAACUUUCUCCAUGAAACCCAACGCCAGGAAUUAUCGAGAUCUUGAUUUCAGUAUUGAGUUGGACUUUAAAGGAGAAUUGUGCCAAGUUCAUGAGACCAAUACCUAUCGUAUGCGCUGAUUGGGAGUAGGCGGUUUUAUCGGGCUUGGGGAGGAAAGCCUGGGGCCACUAGAAGGAAGAGGGAGAUGAUUCAGGAUUUAUCGGUUUUAGAGACAUGUGAAAAUUUUGUAAAGAUCCUGGAGGAUAAUCGGACAACAAAGAGAUUUUUUCUGGACAAAAUUUCGGAUUCAUAGGUGCUGAAAUCGAAAUCGCAAUUAUAAAAAAAAUAUAGGUCGGAAUAUCUACAAGAAAUAUAAUUAAAUUUUUACUUAAUUCGAAUGACAACUAUAAUUACAUUUUCCUUACAUUUGUUUCUGUAGUAUUGUAAGAUUUCUGUGAACUAUCCUUUGGACGAACUAGGACUGUAUUGUUUAUCGGGUCAAAUUUAUCUUUCACAAAAAUAAAAUUUUCUGAUUUUUUAAUUAA